CCAAUGAUUGUUCAGCCACCAACAACUCAGGAUUUCAUUCUACUCCAAUCAAGCGAGAUUAAAGAAACGAUUUUUUUUAAAAGGUGGUUGUUAUUUGUCUCAGAGAUAAUGAUGUCUCUACUGACUUAAACAGAUACAGUAUUUAUUAAGUCAGAUGUAAUUUUCCAUCGACGGUGUCAGAAAAGGACAUCGCUCUGCACUAACAAAUAUCAUUACCGCCAAUAACGUAAUGCGAGUCUUGCAGCUUCAGCCACCAAGAGACCAGGGCUGAACUGCUGAAGCUGAGAUAGGAUUGAGAAUCGCUGCCAGUGGAAAGCGGCACUAGCAGCAGGGCAGAAGCAAGAACCAGCAAGAAAGGGGAGAGAGAAAGCGGAAGGACUUUUUCUCGGAUUGGAUCCUUCGCUUUUGGGGGAAGGAGAAGGCCCCUCUCUGUCCUCUCUCCAUCCUUGCGGAGGGCGCUAGCAGGAGCAGCGGAAGGAGGAAGAGAUGUUCCCGCCUGGCCUGAUCCACCACCGCCCUGACGCCCCCGUUCCCGGCGAUGGGGCGACACGCUCCGGCCCCGGCGGGCCGAGCCUUGUACUGACGGCGGACCCCAAGCCCAGGCUGCGGUGGACGGCCGACCUCCACGAGCGUUUCGUCGACGCCGUGGCCCAGCUCGGCGGACCCGAGAAAGCAACACCAAAAACUAUCUUAAGGACAAUGGGCGUCAAGGGUCUUACUCUUUUUCACUUGAAGAGCCAUCUUCAGAAAUACAGAUUAGGGAAACAAUCUGGUAAGGAGGGAUCAGAGCAAUCUAAAGAUGCAUCCUAUCUUCUAGAUGCUCAAAGUGGAAUGAGCGUGUCCCCUAGAGUUCCUGCCCAGGAUAUGAAAGAAAGCCAAGAAGUUAAAGAAGCACUGAGAGCGCAGAUGGAAGUCCAAAGAAGACUGCAUGAACAAGUGGAGCCACAGCUGCAUACAAGGCCUUGCUCAUUACAAUCGUUGGCUGGUUUUACCAUUACCAGGUCCAAAAGCGCGUGCAGAUCAGAAUGGAAGCGUUUCAGAAGUACAUCGACAGUAUCCUGGAGAGCGCGUGCAAGAUGGUCACCGAACAGUUCGCUUCAAGUGGCUUCAGCAUCUCUGACCCUGAUCUCCCGGAGAUAUCCCCUGGAGGGGUGGUCAUGUGUGGCGGCCCCACGGACACGUUGAGCUCGUCGGUGUUCAACCAGCUUUCCGUCAGCUCCAUCGGCUCGCACAGUCCAGGAGGCAAACCUUCCCCUUCCCCAUCAGGCAUGGAAUGUCCGCCGCUGCUCCUCCACAAGUCGCAUGAGCUCAAGCGGAGGUCCUCUUGAACUGACAAAUCGGCGAAGCCUGAGGGCGCGGUGAUGGCUGUCUUUGCUAGUGUUGUCGGAUAUGGUGGUACUGGUGGUGACAAGGGAAAUUGGUGGUCCAGUCUUGUGGUAGCUGACUUUCUCCAGGUAGCAAGAUAUUGCUGUGUUUGUUUGAUCAGUCAAAGCAUCAAACAGACAGACCUACGUUCAUGUGAACUGCCUCAUGCAUGUGCUAGAUUGAAAAAAAAAGUUAUCAUAUUUUGUCAUGAGAUUAUGAUUCUACUAGCUAGCAUCCUUAGCACACUUGAGAUGUUGUUGACUCGUGUCCUAGUGUCCUCUGUGUUGAUCCAUGUAUGCACAGCGAUUCAUGUUGGGAGUUGGGACUGGGACAUGUUAACACCAGAUGUUUCAAGCUUCGUACUUUGCCUCAGUUGUCCAUGCAUGCAGCAGGCAUCCCAGUACUUCACCUGCUGUUGAACUUGAAGACUAGUGUAUUCAGCUUAUGAAAGAUUCAUGCUGAGUUUGUACCCCCACAAAUUGCUAGUUGCAACUUUGAACUA